AUGGAUGACUCUGUUGUUUACCACUUUGCGACUGUCAAACAAAGACGAGAUAAUCGACAUGAAAUCGACUACCAAUUAUCUUUACGACAGCAACCAAAGCAAUCUCGAAUGUGUGGCGUAGGAGAAAAAGCUGACAGAAGGCCCAUCGAUCCUCCACCCAUUGUACAACUAAAAGUAACCGAUCCUAGCUCACCUACCGCAGACAGAAACUCCUAUCUUCAAAAUCCAUACUAUUUCAUGUAUGCUUCUCUUAUGGCUGCCGAUUUGGACGAAGAGCUUCAUCUCUUGAGGGAUGGCAAAACUAGAAGUACAACUGGAUCAGUUGUGUCUUCUCUUUACCACCUCAAAGAUAUCGAUAACUCUGAUGCGGGUUUCUUUGUCUUCCCGGACCUGUCUGUUCGGAUGGAAGGCAACUAUAGGCUCAAAUUGAGUUUGUUUGAGAUUAUUGGGAAAGAUGUUUUUCACUGCAAAUCUAUUAUAUCCGAUGUAUUUGUUGUAUAUUCUGCAAAAAAGUUCCCGGGCAUGGAGGAGUCUACAUAUCUAUCUAGGACUUUUGCUGACCAAGGUCUAAAGAUUCGUAUACGCAAGGAACUUCGCCAACGAAAAAAGACUGGCCGAAGGAAUGAGUCAGAGGAUGAAGCCCAGGGCUAUACUGAUACAGAGCCAAAGAUGUGGAAACGUACACGCAAGUCUGAGACAAGCGGCCAAGACAAUCCUGUCGAAGACCGUGUACGCUCGCCUGUCCAGUUUUCUGAAUCACAUACAUCCAUGAUUCCUGUUAAAGAAAGACAACUUGGUGGGCCGUUUAAUCCAAUAGUUGGUCUAAAUUCAAUGGGUUCAAAUACCUCGCCUACCAUUUCUGCCGUCUCAAUUUCCUCUACACCCACCAACCAAUUCUUCCAACCAGGGGCUAAUAGUGAUUCUGGAUUCAAUUCUACAAAUCCAUCAUCGUAUGGAAACUCUACAGAAAUACAUCCACUACGCCCACACGUGCCGCCUUCCCGACUGGCUGUACAAUCACUUGCACCACCAUACAGCUCCUUAACUUCUAAAAAAAGACAAACAGCUGGGAGCACAGACGAAUCUCAAUGGCACAGAACAAACAUGCUAAAUUCGUACGAGCCAACGUACUACCCAGACAGUGGUGCAGAUUGUGGAGAUCAGGAACCUCAUCUACGACAGGAAACAGACGUCUCUCCAUAUCGAUCACCUGGAAAUGCCCAUCAAUCUCGCCAGACAGCUAAUGGGGUGCCUCAACACAACCGAAAUGAUACAUAUACAUACUCAACACCACAACCUCAAUCAUUGCACCAUCAUAAUAAACAUCAACAGCAGCAGCAGCAACAGCAGCAACAACACCAGGAAGAACAACAAAGAACAGUAACACAAAAUUAUUAUCAUCAACCUCAGUAUACUCCAACCCCCACCAAUAUAUCUCUUUCUUCUCAUAUGAACCAUUAUUCGUCUUAUGCCACAAACCGUCAAUCUGCAUCAGAACUUGAUGGCGAACCUGUUGAGAAUUCACCAUCCCAAGCUCACCAUGGUCAUCAUCGAUCUCUUGAUAUCGUACCUGGUCUCAGACGCCCACACAUAUCUCGAGCACGUGGUAUCCACAAUCAAAUACCGCACACACAAGUAGAACACUCUUCAUCCCAAUCCCCUACAACCGAUACACACUGGACAGAAGAUGUUAAAGCUGCUGCCAUGGCACGUCUCGGCUCAUAA